AGCAUGAUUAAAGCUCUAUAUAAAGAGAAGCAAAGACAGACUCAAAGUCCAAAAAGACAAUUAAAAACACCCAUCCGUGCGGCUAAGUGGCAAAAGAAAAAGAAAAAUGGACACUUCUUCUCUUUCUCUCCCUCUCUUCCUCUUCAACUUCUUCCUCCUCCUCCUCGUGAUUCUCCUCUUCAACAAGAUGAAAUGCAGUCUCCGGUCGUCGCCCUCAAUAUCGUUGACUUUGACCAAGAAAAUCCUCUCUCAUGGGCCAAACCUUCCCCAAGGCAACCUCGGAUGGCCUCUCGUCGGAGAAACCAUCGAGUUCGUGUCCUGUGCCUACUCCGACCAGCCCGAGAGCUUCAUGGACAAGCGUCGCCUCCUGUAUGGGAGAGUGUUCAAGUCGCACAUAUUCGGGACACCUACGAUUGUGUCGACGGAUGCAGAAGUGAACAGGGUUGUUCUUCAGAGCGAUUCCAAGGCUUUCGUACCGUUUUACCCGAAAUCUUUGACGGAGCUGAUGGGGAAAUCCUCGAUUCUGCUCAUCAAUGGAAGCUUGCAGAGGAGGAUCCAUGGGCUCGUGGGUUCUUUCUUCAAGUCUUCGCUUCUCAAAGCUCAAAUCACAGCGGACAUGCAAAUCUAUGUGAAGGAAUCUAUGGAUAAUUGGUCCGACGACCAACCCGUCCUCGUCCAAGAUGUCUCCAAGAACAUUGCGUUCAAAGUGCUGGCCAAGGCAUUGAUGAGCGUAGACAGAGGAGAUGAGUUGGGAGUGCUGAAGAAAGAGUUCGAGGAGUUCAUCUCCGGUCUCAUGUCCCUUCCCAUUGAUCUCCCCGGAACCCAACUCCACAGAUCUCUUCAGGCGAAGAAGAGAAUGGUGAAGCUGGUGCACAACAUCAUACGGUCCAAAAGGGAAAACGAUGAUGAGGAUGAGGUGAAGGGCGGUCCGAAUAAAGACGCGGUGGAAGUGCUGCUCAGAGACGCGAGCGGGCAGUUCACGGACGAAUUGAUAGCGAACAACAUGAUAGACAUGAUGAUACCGGGCCAGGAUUCCGUCCCCGUCCUCAUCACUCUCGCCGUUAAAUUCCUCUCCGAUUCCCCCUCUGCCCUCCACCACCUAACCGAAGAAAACAUGAAGUUGAAAAGCUUCAAGGAUGAAAGAGGGGAGCCUUUAUAUUGGAACGACUAUCUCUCGUUGCCCUUUACACAAAAGGUGAUAACGGAGACCCUAAGGAUGGGGAACGUGAUAAUAGGAGUGAUGAGGAAAGCGGUGAGGGAUGUGGAGAUAAAAGGGAACGUGAUACCAAAGGGAUGGUGCUUCAUGGCUUAUUUCCGAUCUGUUCACCUCGACCCUUCCUAUUACGACUCUCCCUACCAUUUCAAUCCUUGGAGAUGGCAGCAAGACAAAGACACGAACACAAGUAGCUUCACUCCUUUCGGAGGUGGUCAGAGAUUGUGCCCUGGUCUCGACUUGGCUCGCCUCGAAGCUUCCAUUUUCCUCCACCAUCUCGUCACUCGGUUCAGGGCGGUAGGUUUUUUUCAGGUCCGCGAUGCUGUCCUGAUGUCGUUCUCGUCCGGCCCAUGGGUUGAGAGGCGUUGCGGUGUUCGGUGUCCGACCCGAAAGGUGGUAGGAUAGGGGUUUCCCAUCGUAAAAAAAAAUGGAGCUUUAUUCAUUAAAAUGGUUUUCAAAAUUUCUAGAAAAAACUAAAUUUAUAAAAUCUUUUGAUUGUCAAUUUUUUUUUUUUUAGAUUUUAAAAACGUUCAUUCAACCCCUUGGUCUCACUUGUUUUUGUUGAUUAGUUGGAGUAAAUUUGAAUUGUACAAAAUCAGAAUUUUCGUUCACUUAAAAACAAUAAUAAUUAGAAUUUACAUACAUAUUAUACCUUCGAUCAUUUAAAAAAUGGCUACAAAAUUCAACUCUACGAAAUUAAAUGUGUGCUAAAUGCUUUAUUAGAUUUAGGAUUUGAUUAUACUAUGGAAUAUUAUAAUACAUUCGCAAUUGAAUCAUACAAAUGAAUACAUACACUUGA